UGGCCUAUCAGCAAUGAGAAACCUUUCGGCACGCCCACUUCUCCGACCUACAGCAGUUGUCCCCAAAACAAGAAGAAAAAGUAGUCGCGAGUCGCGACUAGCGCAAUCACACAGCUCUGAGUCUUCUGAGAUCUGCUCCUUCAACCACACAGGACUUCACCUACAGUCCAGCUCCUCCCACAACAGUUUAUGAAAGAGUUUAUGUGAAAGAAAGUCAAAAACAUGACUGAUCCAGAACCCUGCGGAAUAAAACAGGAAGAUACUGAACAACAAAUAGACCUGAUGGAAGAUAACAAUGAGAUUGAAGAAGGGGAGAACCAUCAUGUCAAAACUGAAGAAACAUCCUGCAGUUCCUUAUUGAAAAGAAGCGACAAUAUAUGUUUCACUUGGCCUCAGUGUGGAAAGAGUCUCUCAUGCAAGCAAAAUCUUGAUAUUCGCAUAAAAUGCCAUCUUGAAGGCAAGCUGUACGCAUGUGAUCAGUGUGAAAAGACUUUCACAAUAAAAGGAAACCUUACGAAACACAUGAAUAUCCACACUGGAGAGAAGCCAUACACAUGUGGUCAAUGUGGGAAGAGCUUCAGACUAAAAGUAAUCCUUAAAAAACACAUAAAUGUCCACACUGGAGAGAAGCCAUACACAUGUAGUCAAUGUGGGAAGAGCUUCAGACUAAAAGCAACCCUUAAACAGCACAUGAAAAUCCACACUGGAGAGAAGCCGUACACAUGUAGUCAAUGUGGGAAGAGCUUCAGACUAAAAGCUACCCUUAAUGAACACACAAGAAUCCACACUGGAGAGAAGCCAUACACAUGUGAUCAGUGUGGGAAGAGUUUCACACAAAAAGGAUACCUUGAUGCACACCUAAAAACCCACACUGGAGAGAAACCGUAUACAUGUAAUCAGUGUGGUAAGAGUUUCACACAAAAAGGAGCCCUUAAUGUACACAUGAGGAUCCACACUGGAGAGAAGCCGCACACAUGCAAUCAGUGUGGGAAGAGUUUCAGACUUAAGCAACCCCUUAAUGAACAUGUGAGGAUCCACACUGGAGAGAAGCCGUACACAUGUAAUCAGUGUGGAAAGAGUUUCAGAAAAUUAGGUGGUUUUAAAAAACAUCAGAAAAGACACACCGGUGUGAAGGACUAUGCUUGCUCUGAGUGUGGGAAGACUUUUUUUACAUAUGGUGCACUGAAAGUGCACAAGGCCGUUCACACUACAGAAACACCUUACAAGUGUUCACACUGUGACAAGAGAUUCAAACGGUCAACAUAUCUGCAAAUACAUGAGAGGAUCCACUCUGGAGAGAAGCCGCAUGCAUGUGAUCAAUGUGGGAAGAGCUUCAGACUAAAAGAAAUGCUUAAUCAACACCAGAAAAGACACACCGGUGUGAAGGAUUAUGCUUGCUCUGAGUGUGGGAAGACUUUUUUUACAGAUGGUGACCUGAAACUGCACAAGACAGUUCACACUACAGAAACUCCUUACAAGUGUUCACACUGUGACAAGAGAUUCAAACGGUCAGAAUAUCUGAAAAUACAUGAGAGGAUCCACACUGGAGAGAAGCCACAUGCAUGUGAUCAUUGUGGGAAGAGCUUCAGACUAAAAGGGACCCUUAACGAUCACGUGAAAAUCCACACCGGAGAGAAGCCGCACACAUGUGCUCAGUGUGGGAAGAGUUUUACACAAAAAGGAAACCUUAACAAACACGUGAAAAUCCACACUGGAGAAAAGCCGUACUCAUGUGAUCAGUGCGGAAAGAGUUUCAGAAUAUCAAGUGUUUUUAAAGUUCAUCUGCGUACUCAUUCUAGAAAAAGACAAUAUAACUGUGACCAUUGUAAUAAAUGUUUUUUUACAGCAAGUGCCCUGAAGAAGCACCUGAAAAUUCAUACAAAGGAAAAGCCUCAUGUGUGUUCUUUGUGUGGAAAGAGUUUUAGCCAAUUUGCUGCUUUAAAAUAUCACCAGAAAAGACACAGCGGUGUGAAGGAUCAUGCUUGCUCUGAGUGUGGGAAGACUUUUUUUACAUAUGGUGCGCUGAAAGUGCACAAGACAGUUCACACUACAGAAACACCUUACAAGUGUUCACACUGUGACAAGAGAUUCAAACGGUCAACACAUCUACAAAUACAUGAGAGGAUCCAUAUUGAAGAGAAGCCGUAUCACUGCCAUUCAUGUGGGAAGAGAUUUACUCGGUUAUCUUCUCUAAUCUGUCAUAAAUUACAUGUCUGCAUGUCCGAAAUUACAGUAAGUAGUUCAAGUUCUGAUCCUGUACUUCCAGGUGUGAUAGGUGCUAGGUAGGGCUGCAUCAAGAAAUUAUUUUGAUAAUUGAUAAAUCAGAAAUUAUUAAAAUCAUUCAUCAACUGAUCGUUGAUUAUUUCAGAGAUUUAUCAGUUGCUUUUAUUGAUUUAUUUUGUUUUUGGAGUUUGUUGAAAUGUUUAGUUAUACCCAUUCUAACUAAUAAAUAAAACGAGUAAAUCACUGCA